GGGCAAGCGAAAGGCCCCACAUCCCAUUGAACUGUCCAGAGGUACAGCACCAGCAGUAUCUUUGAUGAUUUCUACAGGCAACAAUACAUUCCAAGGCUUUUUGAACACCAAUUUUGAACAUGAAGGUACCCUGGACUCGGCUGAUUCGCUUCGUCAGCACUGACGGACAUGUUCUUCGCGGCGAGCCGAUACUGCCCAGCGAGGACUUCGACCUCGGAAAUGUCACAGAGUCCGAUCAGUUGAAAGCGAAGGUUAUCAAGGGUGAUGACCCCUUAGACACGACUGGGAAAACCGUUGUGAGCGAUGAAGUUGUCACGGUGAAGAAACUGCUCGGCCCACUAGCCGCAGCAGAGAUACCGAUUCUCAGAUGCGUCGGGUUGAACUAUGCGAAGCACAUUAAGGAAGCAGGACGGACACCACCACCGUUCCCUUUCAUCUUUUUCAAGCCAAACACUUGUGUGAUCGACCACGAGGCUCCGGUCGUGAUACCGAAGAUCGCACAGGACGAUCAAGCGGACUAUGAAGGCGAGCUGUGCAUUCUCAUCGGCAAGGACGCAAAGGAUGUCUCCAAAGAAGAUGCCCUCGAUUACGUCGCGGCAUAUACGGCGGGUAACGACAUAUCGUCCCGCAAGUUGCAGCGCAAUCCGGAGUUUGCGGGUCGUGUGCCGCAAUGGGGUUUCUCGAAGGGCUUCGACACGUUCGCGCCGCUGGGUCCAGUUCUCGUGGCGUCCGAACUGGUCGGGGAUCCUGCGAAACUGCAUCUCAAGACCAUUGUCGACGGCGAGACAAGGCAGGAUGAGAGCGUCACUGAUUUGUGCUUCGACUGUGCCUAUUUGAUCUCAUAUCUGAGCCAGGGGACGACAUUGCAAAAGGGGAGUGUGAUCAUGACGGGGACGCCUGGAGGUGUUGGAGCGGGCAUGAGUCCUCCGAAGUAUCUUGUUCCUGGGACGAAGAUGGAAAUCCAGAUCUCAAAGAUCGGGACAUUGAGAAACCCGGUAGAAUUCGCAUAAAAGAUCAUUGCAUACGGAAUAUCUCUUGAGAGAUUGCCGUUGUGCAGCUUAAGCCAUAGAAAACUAGAUUCAUACCUCUGCGAG